AUGUCUUUGGAAAAAAUUAUAGUCUUCAUUAAAAUUGUAGAAAAUUCGGCAUCAUUACAAAGUCCUAUAUUAAGAAAAUUAAAUCAAAAUGAUCGUUUAUCCAAAAUUCGUAAAGAACUUGAAAAUAGUGUCAUUGAUGAUAUGCUAUUAUUUUCAAAAAAAGUAAACGACGAAUUCAGUGUGUUGGAAUAUGAGGAAGAAGAAAAUUUUUAUCUAAAAGAUGUUAUAGAUGACCAAAAUAUUUUAUAUUUAAAACGAGUUUAUUGGAAAUUUUUGAGUAAUCAACUCAAACUAGAUUAUGGUAGAAUUAUGAGCUUUGAUGGAAUUAAAAUAGCUAAUAAACAAGCAUAUUCAAUAAAUAAAUGUGAACUGGAUGAAAUUGAUAGUUAUAAAAAAGGUCAACUUGAAUUUGAAUCAAAAGAAGACUGGAUAAAAAAGACUAAUUUAUUUGUUGAUGUCGAUGGGAUUAACAUAACGGAUUUUGCGAAGUUAGGGUUAUCAGUCAGAAGUUUACGUGAUAAAAGUUUUAAUAAUGAAGUUAUGUCAGCUUAUAAAUAUAUUGAAAUUGGUAAAGUAUCAUUGAAAUUCAACAAAGAGGAUUUAAAAUUGACUGAAGAAUUUAAAAAUGAUGUGGUUAAUGCUAUAAAAUCUAAAAAUUCUGAAGAAGGAUUUGAGAAAAUUACCGAUGAUUAUGGUCAAUUUAUUCCAACCGAAGUUAUUUUGGGAGGGAGAAUUUAUUUCAAAGAUAUUAAAAAGUUGUUAGCCAACUCCGCAGAUACAUCUAAUGAUGCUUCUGUAAACAUAGGUAUCGGAUCUUCAAAUGCCAAUGUAGGGUUUAAUUUUAAUAAUUCAGAAACAACAUCAAAAUUUUAUAAUUUUAAUCAUAUAAAAUUACUUGGAGGAAAGCAUCCUGAUGAUGAAAAUUUUGAUGAAAAAGCUUGGAUUGAUUCUUUGAAGGAUUAUCAAAAUUGGAAUUGUAUCGAAUUCAAAAAUCCCAUUAGCAUUUUUCAACUAUUAUCAUUUGAUGAUGAUUUACCAAAUUUACCAGAUGAUUUACCUGAUAAUUUACCUAAUGAUUUACAAGAUUCACGUAAAACAAUCUACGAAUCUCUUGGAAAUAAAAUUCUUUAUACCAGUACUGAGGGAUGUGAAUAUUUUUUAAAUAAACCCGGAAGGUUCCGAACUUUCGAACUGAAGAAUAUUCCACGAAAUAUCUUACAAAUUGUUUAUGACAAAAAAGCCGAUAUCUAUGCAACAAUUUAUGAUACCAAUGAAAAUUCAAAAAAUGUUUUUUUUAAUUGUAAAAUCUUAAGAGAACCAGGUGCAAAACCAAGUAUUAUAAUUCACGGUAUACAAAAAGAAUUUAAGCAAUGUAAAUAUAAAUUAAAAAUUAAGAUAAUGAUAAUUGGAUAUGAUACAGAUUUUAAUCCCAUACUUUCAGAUACAAGUGUUGAAUUAAUUAAAAAUGUUUAUGAUCCACAAAACUCUUGUGAAUUUUAUAGUAUACCAUUAAAACAAAAACUUGAUUCAAUGCUGGAAAAAAAUAUUCCUUUCUUUGGAAUUCCUGUAUUAGAAAAUUUUGAUUUAAAAAAAAAACGUUACGUUAAUUUACCCAAAGUUACUUUUUGCACAUUCAUUAUUUCUAAUUAUCCUACUUCUGAUUCUUAUGAAUCAUUUCCUUUUAAUUUCAAAUUAUUGAAAACUCCAUUUGUUGAUCUUAAUACUAGUAGUAUAAAUCCAAAAUGUGUUAGUUUAUAUUUCUCAAAAAAUAAUGAUUAUAAACCAAUUUUUUUGAAUCAAAAAAUUAACCAAAUUAAGUAUUAUGCAGGUCAACAAGAAUUAGAAGGUCAUCAUGUGUGA